CGUCAAAAUCCGAUUCUUAUUUUUACCAAUCCGAGAAAUGAUCGAGACCAUUCGUUUCAAAAUCAAAAUGGCGGAAGAGUUGGAUGUAGAAACUAUUUUCAAGCUGAAGGUUGAUGGAUUAAAACAGGAGCUGGGCCAACGGGGUCUUUUGAAAACAGGAUCAAAGGCAGAAUUGCAGACUCGUUUGUUAUCAUUUAUAACAACACAUGAUGGUGCAGCAAUCCUAAAGAGCGGUGAGAAUGAAGCUGUUGAUGAAAACUCCACAGAAGACGAAGAACUCAAAAAAGAGCUUGAAGCAAGUCUGGAUAACCUAGAUACACCAACUAAUGUUGAAGAUGGCCACCAUGUUGAUUUAACUGACGAUAUUGUAACAACCCCAACUAAUAAUCAACCCACUGAAAAUACCAAUCUACCUGCAACUAAAACAACUUCUGUACCAACCGCUAUUAACAGUAAAGAGAAUACAACAUUGGAAAAAAAUAGUAAUGCUGCAAAGCCAGCCCUGCCACCUGUGAAGACUGUUUCACUGCAGCUCACUGAAGAUCAAAGGAAAGAAAACCGCAGCAAACGUUUUGGAGGAGCAGUGAGUGAGACAGAGAAAAAGAAAAGUAGAAUGGAAAGGUUUUCAUCUUCUCUUUCUGGAAAAGCUGAACCUGUAAACGCCACUGAUAAGGAGAAGAUCAAUAAACGAGCGGAGAGAUUUGGGGCGGUAUCGUCAGUUCUGACCAAGACAUCUGAAACCGAACGACUUAAACAACGUCAAGAAAGAUUUGUCGACGACAAAAUAAAAAAGCGACAAGAACGUUUUGGAGUCGUGCAAGCAACAACAAAAUCAAACACAGAUAUGGAGGCAAGAAAGCUUCAAAGAGCAAAGAAAUUCGGUGUUAAAUAACAACGCUAUGUCAUAACACAAUGUUACUGAAUUACCGAUGAUCUUCCGAUUGUUGCUAAGGUUACCAUGAUGCCAUACAUCGAAAAGUAUGGUAAAGCGAGGAGAAAAUUCGAUAAAAGAGCGAAACAAUUAUUUUCUGUAUAUUGUAUAUAUUCUGUAAGUUUUGUGUUUUUAACUGUGGAUGUUUUAACGUGAAAUAUAGCUUUGCUAUUUUUA